AUGAGUCCACUAUGCUGGAGUUUGUGCCUAUGGCUAUGGUUGAUGUGCACUGGUGUGGAAUGCUUGCCCAAACUUCGUCUCAGCUCAAGAGACCAAGACGAUGAUUCAUUUACUGUUUCCAUUAAGUACGUUAUUGACGACUCCCUCAAUACUGAGAAUCAAGAGGCAGUGAACGCCUGGUUAGUAUGGGUCACGCAGCAGGCAAUGGUUGACUUUCAAAAGGUCUUCCACUUCACUCUUAAUCUCAGCUACAAAAUAACAAACCUCGAGAACCAAGGGGGGCUAAAAUUAAUGUUAGAAGAAAAGAAAAACGGAGAAAAUAUUUGGCCAGACGGAGCAAUUUCUACGCUAACUGAAUAUUUUAGAAACCAGAUCCAUUUUGACAUUAUCUGCCUCGUAACAAAAUUGAAGAUUGAUGACGGGUCUACGGUGAGAAAUGGAUAUGGUUAUCACGGAGACCACACUCUCUGUAAGGAAAGCUUAGCAAUAUUGCUAGCUUACGCUUCAGAUCAAUCGGGAUACGCAUCUUACACACUGCUCAGUCUUAUCCUGAACAGCAUAAGCUCAGGUUUAGGUGACAAUGUGUAUAACAUUCCAUCAGAUAGGCAUGACGAAGUGAAGGAACAGUUAAGGAAGUGCAAGAAUACUGAUGACGACUACCCAAACCCCCCUAUUCCACCUCAACCACCCGCACCCCCGAGUGGCCCCGAACCGCCAGUCCCGCCAGAAAUACCGCCCACUCGUCCCGGAGAGCCAGACGUUCCGGAAGUGAUCCCACCAACACCGCCUCCGCCUGGACCCCCGCUUCCACCAGGACCUCCGCCUCCAGAAGAACCUCCGUCUCCAGAAGAACCUCCAGCGACAACUACAACAACUACCGAAGCUCCAGUUCCCGAUUACUGCUAAAAACGAGUCUCACAAUAGCCCGGGGCACUUCGAUUGCAGGGGUUUUGGUUGCACGGGGUUCUUAC